AUUGCACCACGAGAAGGAUCUAGUAAGCAAAUGCAAUCCAUUGUUCGCAGAUGUCUUACUCACUCGAGAAGUCCUGCAUGCUUGAAUCAUAGGCCUCGAAGGUUUGAGUGUUGCAGGAUUUCCAAGAGUAGAAGCAUCGUACAAUGCGGAGUCCAAUCUUAAUCGUAAUCGUCUGAUCUGCUGCUCUCAGCAAAUCAGCUCGACUCAGCUCGAGACAUACCAAAUCCGGCGAGAUCCGUAACCUCGUCGGUGUCACUCACAUUGUGCAGAAGCCCACGGACGUCUAGCAAGCUAGUCUCGAUGGCGCCCCACAAUGAGCACCAGAGUCAAGGAAUCACCGGAUCGCCCGUACUGCCAGUGCCCAAGGACGUCAUGGACGAGCUGAGCUCGGCACAGGCGACAGAUCUCAAGGGCAGGCCGUUCGCGCUCCCGGUGGAUUCCGAGCACAAGGCCAAAACUUUGAGGUUGUACUCGUUCGCUUCACCUCACAUGCUCACAUUCCAUCUGUCAUGGAUAUCGUUCAUGACCUGCUUCUUCUCGACCUUCGCGCCACCUCCGCUCAUGCCCGUCAUCCGAGACAACCUGAAUUUCACCAAGGUGGACAUUUCCAACGCAGCCGUGGCGUCGGUGUCGGGCUCGAUCAUCUCGCGGCUGCUGAUGGGCACCAUCUGCGACCUGGCUGGACCUCGAUACGGGUGCGCCAUUCUCAUCAUGGUCACAGCUCCUGCAGUGUUCUGCAUGCCCCUCGUCAACAGCGUGACGGGAUUCAUCAUGGUGCGCUUCUUCAUCAGCUUCGCGCUCGCGACGUUCGUCUCGUGUCAGUUCUGGAUGAGCUCCAUGUUCAACAGCAAGAUCGUCGGGCUGGCCAAUGGCACGGCGGCCGGCUGGGGCAACGUCGGGGGCGGCGUGACGCAGCUCGUCAUGCCGCUCGUCUUCAGCCUCAUCAGGCACCAAUUCGGAGCCGAGGAAUUCACCGCCUGGCGCCUCGCCUUCUUCCUGCCGGGAGUGAUGCACGUCGUCAUGGGGCUGCUCGUGCUCACCCUCGGCCAGGACCUUCCCGAUGGCAAUUACGCCGCUCUCAAGAGGUCGGGCGACAAGGUGAGCGACACCUUCGACAAAGUGUUCUGGCAUGGCGUGACCAACUACCGCACGUGGAUUUUCACCAUCACCUACGGCUACUGCCUGGGCGUCGAGCUCACCGUGGACAACAUCAUCGCCGAGUACUUCUACGAUCGGUUCGACGUGAACCUCUCCACCGCGGGAAUCAUCGCCUCGACCUUCGGAUUCAUGAACAUCUUCGCUCGUCCCCUCGGCGGCAUCGUGUCGGAUUUGACCGCGCGCAGGUUCGGCAUGCGCGGGCGGCUCUGGGUGCUGUGGAUCAUCCAGAGCCUGGGAGGAGUGUUCUGCGUCGUCCUCGGGCUCACGCACCAGCUCACCUCGUCCAUCGUGGUGAUGCUUAUCUUCUCGAUUUUCGUUCAGGCGGCGUGCGGGGCCACCUUCGGAGUCAUUCCCUUCAUUUCCCGAAGGUCGCUGGGCAUCAUCUCGGGGCUGAUCGGAGCCGGAGGCAAUGUGGGCUCGAUUUUGACUCAGGUGCUGUUCUUCUCGAGCUCCAAGUACUCUUCCGAGACCGGCAUCAUGCUCAUGGGCGUCAUGACGCUGGCCUGCACUUCGGUUCUGUUUCUGGUCUACUUUCCUCAGUGGGGCGGUAUGCUUUUCCCUCCCAAUAGCAAGACCACCGAGGAAGACUACUACGGCGAUGAGUGGAGCGAGGAAGAGCGCUCGGCCGGGCUUGCGAAUGCCAGCUACAAGUUUGCUGCCAACUCCAGGUCCGAACGAGGAGCCAGAAGAGCUGUGCCCGUCUCUGCUUGACACGCAGCGUCAUGCGUCUUGGAGAUCUCAGAUCCCGCGACUGGAUUCAGUAAUUCUGCUUGCUCUCUUCCACGAGUCAUGAUCGUUUCGCGUUCUGCGCUAUUGGCACUGCUACCUGUGGAGCAGCGAUUGCGCGCAACCAGCGUGCCAGUAACUGCAGUCGAGCGAGAUCGACAGAAUGCUCGUGCAUUCACGGUCUUUACUCUUGCUGUUUACUUCCUGAGACAGAGUGAGCGGCUCGUGGAUGAUUCGUGUCUCAGAAGAGGAAUUUCCGCUUUGUUCUGGAUUCGUCGACGGUGCAUGAACCAAUUCGUAAAAGCCUUCUGAAUCGUAUCACAGGAUUUAGACUCCCUCCAUUAAAUUAGGUUCACGAAACGUGUGACUUUCUGUUGUAGCCGAGGUCUCGAUGCAGAUAAAUUGCAUCGAUCAUAUUGCAGACUAUCACCGAAAGAGAUGUGAGACGCAGAUGUUUAACCGUAGCCGAUGGUCCGAUAUUUUUAUAUUUAAGAGAUCACACAAA